AGAGAGCGCGAGAGAAAGAGAGAGAGGCACAGGGACAGAAGAGAGUGACUGUAGUGAACAAUGAAGACAGUAGAAGCAGGAGAGGGGAAGAAGAGAAAAGGAGGGGCAGGAAAGGAAGCUAGUGAAGGAGGGAGGGAAGAGGAGCAGAAAAGCAGGAGAGAGAGUGCGAGAGAGAGAGAGAUAGUAGAGGUUCUCUGUAUGACUAAACCUGACUGAAGAAAAUGCAUCCCAACUUUGCCGGCACCUGGAAAAUGAAGAGCAGUGAGAAUUUUGAUGAACUUCUCAAAGCCCUGGGCGUGAACGCCAUGCUGAGGAAGGUGGCCGGGGCGGCUGCUGCCAAGCCUCACGUGGAGAUCCGCCAAGAUGGAGAGCAGUUCUACAUCAAGACCUCCACUUCAGUGCGUACCACGGAGAUCAACUUCCACAUCGGUAAAGAGUUUGACGAAGAGACCGUGGAUGGCAGGAAGUGUAAGAGUUUGGCCACUUGGGAGACAGAGAACAAGAUUUACUGCAAGCAGACGCUGGUGGAUGGUGAUGGGCCCAAGACGUACUGGUCCAGGGAACUGCAGGGGGAUGAACUCAUACUGACGUUCGGAGCAGAUGAUGUGGUGUGCACAAGGAUCUAUGUGCGGGAAUGAUGCUGUAGACAACAUCGGCCAGUCACAAAGCACCAUGAUGAGCUCCGACACCCCAAUGAGUCCAAAUCCUCCCCCAACGUCAAGCAACAGUCCUUCAGUGUACUGUGAUGUGGGAUCUGAGCAACAUGUCCACUCAUCUCAAGCUUCUCUGCAUUGGCCAGUUCUGCAUGUCCAUGUGUGUCCUAAUUGUGGUUCUGUGCUAAACUUCUAUCCAGUUUUAAUCUUCCUCUGUCCAGGCUUUCACUAUUUUUUAGAUGUGCAUUUUAGUGGUACUGCAUACGCAAAAAUAACAGGAAUAAAACUGAAACCCAG